AUGCAAUUGCGUCAGUAUGAUAAUUUAGAAGAUAAAGGAAAUAUUAAAUUUACGAGUACACUAUCCUUUCCUUUCACUGAACGAGCUGUCAUGCGGUGUGUUGUUCUUGGCAGACACACGCAACCAACUGCAAUAGCAAGAAAGAAGUUUUGGUCAAAUAUUCCCUUAUAUAACUGCACAAAUCUGUCAGUUUAUGAUUAUAUAAAAUUAAUUGCAGACCAUCAUGGUAUUCCCCUUAUUAGAGGCUACAAAGUUUAUGUGUGGAACAAAACCAAGUACUUUGAUUUCAAUAUAGAAAAAGUCAAGGAAUCAUACACUGAUGAAAAGUUGUUUAAUGAGUUGCAAACUUUGAAAUUCCAGAAUAUAAUGAAUGGGAACUAUGUUCAAGAGUUGGUUCAUAGUGAUAAAUCUGUUCUUCUUACAGAUUUUUUCCAAAUGGGAACCUUUAGUGCUAAAAAUCUUGACUGCUUCCUUAUUGUUCACAAGAUACAACAAGAUGCAAAGAAAGAGUUAUGGGAUUUGUUUGUUGAUAUUGAGAACAAUGAAAACCAAACUAAUCAACCUUCUUUAGCUGGAGGUAGAGGGACGAAUCAACACGAUAACAAAGAUAAAAAGAAAGCUAAAAAUAGUCAAAACCUUAUCUCACCUUAUUCCGGGAGAAAAGAAAUCAAAGACUUGUGGGAAAAAUUGCAAUCUGGAGGUGCUGGAGAAGUGUAUGACUUGAAUAAUGUAGUGUUACCUGAUACACCUAAACCCCAAUUUAACACUGCAAAGUUAGGAUCAGAGAAACUACGUAGAUUAAUGGCUAGUACUGUUACUCGUUGUAACAAGGUCAAUGGUACAGUUUUCCAAAUUCGUGACACAAUAAUUAAUGAAAUUGGACACGGAUUUUUCAUAUCUCCCUCACACUUAGUUACAUGUAUCCAUAACCUUCGUUUAGAUAAACCAGAUGAAAUUGUGAAAGAUAUGACGGUUGAAAAUGAGCUGUAUAUUUCAUUCACGAACCAAACUGUGAAGACCAACUAUAAGUUGCUUUAUCCUAAAAAACUGAAUGAAACAGUUUACAAUGAUUUCGACAAUCUAGACGUUGCAAUCUUAGAACUUGAUUUGACUGCCAAAGUGGAAAACAAAAUUGACAUAUUUGACACUCCCACAGUUAAUUUUAUGAAAUUUAUUAAUGAUGCUGGAAUUGUUAUUAAUCCAAACCAUCCAUCUCUUCAACCGUCAGUUAUUUAUUAUUAUGAUAAUAAUGAUCCCUCUACACUUAAUGAAUCCAUUCAUG